AUGAAGACUAUCUUCAGUUCAUUCCGCUAUGGGUCAAGGAUUAGGAACAUUCCGGUCGACUACUAUACGACUGAAGCUCUCACAACUUUGGGAGAUAUGGUGGGGAAAACAAUGGUGGUAGCUUUUGAUCCUCUCAAACCUGUGACUCAGGAUUAUAUUCGGGUCCAAGUUCGUUUCAAUGUGGCCAAUCCUCUGAAGACUUGCAGAGUUCUUAUCGUCAAGGGAGGGAAAACAGCUACCAUCCGUUUCAACUAUGAGAACAUCCAAAAGAGGUGUUUCACCUGCAAGCGCUUAAACCAUGAGAAGAGAAUAUGUCCUAUUGAAAUAAGAAAGCGUCAGGAGCAAGCUCAAGGUAGGAGGAACCUAGCAGUGGUGCCGGUUCCUAGAGCUCCAGUGGUGCUUAAUAAGGAUGAUCCCUUAUGUGGGGUUUUGGAGGAAGAGCAGGUGGGUCUGGAUCCUCUCUCGGGAAGACCAAAAAAUUUUAAGGAAGUUUUGGAUGAGAUGAGAAGAUACCUGCUUGCUGAGACUGGUGAAAACAGAGCUGUGAAGAUUGAUAGGAUAAGAGGCACAGUCAAAGAAGCGGAAGCAGAUCCAAUUGCUCAACGUGCUGUUCUACGGUUGGAGCCGGCCCCUGUGGUUACUAGUGAUCUUAACAGAGGGAAAGGUCUGGUCUUCGAUUAUGAUGAGAAAUCUCAGAGGAAGGUGGAUUUCGAUCUUAACGCUAAUCCUAAUAAGCUGAUGGCUGGAGCCUUUAAAGCGUUCAAGGCUUCUCCGGCGACAAGUGCUCCGAUCUUGGAUUUAAGCACUGGUGAGGAAUCUAGUUCUGCUAGUGAUCAUAGGUUUUUCUCUGAUAGUUCAACGGUAUUCCACUCUGGUUAUCUGAGGCCUGGAACCUCCGGAACUAUUAGUAGGAAACCAAGGGUCCGCCGACGUCCUCCAAAAGGGGUUCGCAAAGCCUCUUCUUUGGGAUUAGUUACCCGCUGCCAGGAGCCAGAGGAGAAUAGAAGAGAAGGGAAACAUGAAGAGGGCAGUAGAAAGAUGAAGAAAGUGAUGGAGGACACAUGA